AUGAAGGCUGCGCACAGUUGCUUUAGACCGUCGGCCAUAGUCACGGUGGCUAUGUUCCUCGUGUGCCACGCCGGGACGAGCACCGCCGCAAUGGCCGGCGCCGGCGGAAAGGAUAACAUGGAGUUCAUCAGGGCCGCCUGCGGCACGACCAGCUACCCGCGGCUCUGCUUUGAGACCCUCUCCACCCACGCGAGGACGAUCCAGAGAGACCCCGUGAUACUGGCGAUCGCGGCGCUGUCGGUGAGUCUGGAAAGCGCCCGCGGCGCAUCCGCCGCGAUGACGAAGAUAGCGGCGCAGGGACUGAUGAAGCCGCGGGAAUCGGCCGCUGUGAAGGACUGCGUGGAGACCAUGGGCGACUCGGUGGAAGAGCUCCGGCGGUCGAUUAAGGAGAUGGCUCAUCUCAGGCGGCCGGACCGGGACCUGGCCUUCCACAUCAGCAACAUCCAGACCUGGGUGAGCGCGGCGCUGACGGACGAGAAGACCUGCAUGGAAAGCUUCGCCGACAACUCCUUGAACGGCCGAAUCAAAGACGCCAUGAGGAUCCACGUAGUCAACGUCGCUCAGCGGACCAGCAACGCCCUCGCCCUCAUCAGCGCCCUCAUCUCCUCCCCCCCCUGA